ACAAUAUGGUAUAGCAAAUUUCAUAUCUUAUUAUAAGAAAUUAAUGUUUCCAUAUUGUUAUUUUCCUGGGUACUUUCUUGGGCACAUGACACCGUUCUACUGUCACCCACAAUGAUUCUCCCCCUGAUUGCUUUCACUGCACUUCACAGCGAAAUAUGAUUACAGUAAAUGACGCUUAAUGACUUCAUGUAGUAGGUCCUAGAGACGAUUAUAAUGAAUGAUUGUUUGAGGAUAAUGUUCAAAGACUCGGAAAAUCAAUUCUGCUUGGAAAAGCUAGGAGUCAGCAAGCUCACCAUGAAACACGUACAGCCUCCAAUGGCUACUCUUAUUUGCAAUAUUAAUGAAAAGUAGUGUAUGAAAUUGUUAAAAGGAGGAAGAAAAUUAAUGAAGGAGGGUUAAACCUGUUAAAGGUGCACAACGCCUGAGGGUAACAAGAAUCAGUCUAACACCAGUUUGUUUUGUAUUGAAGAAGGAAUUUGAACCCUCAUAUAGGAAGAAAACCACAGAGAUGUGUGGCUGUUGCUCUGGGAAGGAUUCUGCGGAAGAUAAAGCCGAUCUUACAAAUCCGAUUAAAAAUCGAGGAUGCACAGACAUCAUCAUUCUGAUUUUGUUUGUUCUCUUCUGGGCUGGCAUGAUAUUUAUAGCAGCCUUUUCUAUCACACAUGGAGAUGCCUGGAGACUUGUGUAUGGAUACGACAGCUUUGGUAACACGUGUGAUGAAGAUAACACAGGAAAGGCAGUGGAGAAUGUGUCCUUCUCAGGGAUGAACAUGGAGGGCAAAGGGUUCGUGUUCAUACUAGACAUCCUCGAUCCUGUGAACUCCAUGAAGCUGUGUGUGAACAAAUGCCCGGGCCAGGAUCUGAACACCACUGUAGAUAUUGCGAGAUUCGCAGUGACAGAGGGCUCGUACCUGUGUAGAUAUGACAUCAAAGAUACCGAUUACUCAGACGACCUUGUGAAGAAAGGAAUAUGUCCUGGUAGAGUGUUUGCCAGUGAACCGCUUCUGAAUAGAUGUGUGCCAAAGCAGAUUUUUAGCACUGCGGGUGACAUUUUUGCCAAAUUCUUUGAUUUCGUAAAUUCAAGUGACAUAUUCCAAAAAGUUUUACACGAUUUAAUGACAGGCUGGCGGGAAAUGCUCAUCCUGUGUUUUGUUGCGUUAGGGUUUGGGGCCUUGAUGGUCCUUCUGAUCAGAUUCCUGGCGUCCGUCAUUGUUUGGUUCAUCAUCACCAUCGCUAUAAUAGGAAGCAUUGCUGGCACUGCGGGCCUGUGGUGGACGUAUAUGGACAAGAAGAGGUUCAUAGACGAUAAGGAGGAUGACAAUAUUCCUCUGUUGAACGUGGACAUUGACAGUGAACAAGCCUUCAUGAUCUACUCCAUCAUUGCUACUGUACUGACAGUAAUUUUGCUGCUGGUGAUCUUGGUGAUGAGGAAACGGAUCGGUCUGACAGUGACGCUGUUCCACGAGGCGGGCAAGUGUCUGGCUGAUGUCCCCAUCCUCCUCCUCCAACCUCUGUGGACCUUCAUCAUCCUGGUCUUCUUCUUUGUCUACUGGAUCAUCAUCCUGGCCUUCCUCGCCACAGCGGAAAAAGCAACUGUGGACAAGACGACUGGCUUUGUGAGAUACACAGAACAUGAGCACGUGUCCUACUUGUGGUGGUAUCAUUUGAUUGGUCUCAUUUGGACCAGUGAGUUCAUCAUUGCAUGUCAGCAGCUGGUGGUAUCUGGAGCAGUGGCCACCUGGUACUUCACUAGGGACAAAAAAAAUCUUUCUUGCACCAUAUGCAAGUCUACCAAACUUUUGAUUUUCCACCAUCUUGGAUCUGUAGCAUUUGGAGCAUUCAUCAUCACUUUAGUAAAGCUUCCUCGCUGGAUUCUGAUGUAUAUGCAGAAAAAAACAAAGGGUUCCCAGAACACUUGUGUCCAGUACGCAAUGAAGUGCUGUAUUUGUUGUUUGUGGUGCCUAGAAAAGUGCUUGAAAUAUUUGAACCAGAAUGCUUACACUGUAGUAGCAAUUCAAGGUACAAACUUCUGUUCCUCAGCUAAAAAGGCCUUUAUGACCUUAGUCAGCAAUGCUCUCCGUGUGGCUGCCAUUAACAGCGUGGGAGACUUUGUGUUGUUUCUAGGAAAAAUCGGCGUCUGUGCAGCAACUGGUGCUGUGGGCAUCUUUUGGUUCAAGUCUAAGGAGGAGCUGAACUACUACGCUAUUCCUGUGCUUCUUGUGUGUAUUUUUGCGUACUUCAUUGCACAUUGCUUCCUCUCUACAUAUGAGAUGGUGAUUGAUGCUCUCCUGUUGUGUUUCUGUCAUGACACAGACAUCAACGAUGGCUCUCCUGAGCGCCGAUACUAUGCUAGCGUGUCACUCCAGAAAUAUAUAGAAGAAGGCAGUAAUCAGAUCACUGCAAUCUCUAAAGGAGACGAAGAACCGGCCAGUCCAGAGGCAGCCAGACUAUAAACAGCUCAGCAGGAGGAGAGAUGGUGAAAGGAAAGAGCCACUGAUCGGGGUAUUGUGCUGUGAUCCAAUACUCACAAUGUGUUGGUCAUCAAGGAGUAGUACAGUCAUCUAGAUUUAAGAAAAAAAUACUUGUCAUUGAUUGUACAGAUAUCAAUGUUUACAAAACUUGUGGCACCACCCAUACUACCGGUAUUUGUAACUCUUAUGAAAAUAGUAUCCAAAACUAAACACCGUGUAGAUGACUGACAUUGACCUUCUUAAGUUGUGUGUACUUAAAAUAAUAUAUGUGCGAAGGCUUCAUUUACAGUGUACUGUGCCUUUGAGUAUGUGAAAUGACAUAAACAAUGUAUGAUCCUAAAGGUGUGUCUAUAUGAGGUUGUUGAUUUGUCUUUACAUUUAUUCUUGGUGCAUUCAAUCAUGAACUUAUUUUCUAGCUUUGUAAGAAUCAUGCAUAUAGUAGCUUAUUGUAUAGUUUUUUUUAUUUUCUUACAAUAGCCAUAUAUUUUGCAGUUGCCAUUAAUAAUGAAAAAAUAGAUAGUUUACAUGUAUUUUAUGAAUUUAUAUAGUUGAUUUUGUUUUAAAUGAUAUAUUUUUGGUUACUGUACAUGUUUUUAUAAUACAAUACAAUUUUCAUGCUAAGGGCACCUGUUUUCUAAACAGAAUAUGUACCUCCUUUAUUUGACUUUGUUAUUCUUUUUUAGCAAAAUGUGAAAAAAAAUUAGGAACAUUCUUCCGAUUCUCUUAUUGUGAAUCUCGAGCAUACAGAGCUGCAAUGUAUGAAUUUGUAAGUAAUCUAAAUGAAACAGAGCCUGCCAAGUAAGCUUACACCAAACAACAAACACACAACAGUGUUGUCGGACUCAUUAACCAUCUUUUUCCUUCUCAUGUUUUGCAUGUAUACUGGUACAUCAGCAUCCAUGAAAUGAUUUAAAUGAUGCACGGAUGUGAUAAAUGUGCAAUAUUUUACAUGAUGUACACAUUACUGGUGCAAGCAGGCUGUUUAUAUGUAUUCAGAGUAUGGCUUUCACAUAAGUUGCAAGUUUUGUUGAUAAAGAGAAAUAUUUAUGCUGUGCAGUAAUAAUGUUUAUAAAUUUUCUCUGUCCAGUUCAACCAAGAGCUGUUAUGAACAUAAUAUUUAAAGAAUGACACAUAUAGUCCUGUAUAUUUUUUUUCAGAACAGUAAAAUAAAUGCUUUAAUAAACAUA